AUGGAUGCCAUAAACAACAUAGGGGUAAUCAUAGCUGCUUUGGUUAUCUGGCGUACCAAGUACGGUGGCAGAUUUUAUGCAGAUCCAGGAGUGAGCAUGGUCAAAAAUGCUGGUGCAAUAAUGCUACAAUCGGCCCCAUCUGGCAUAAACCUCAAAGACAUCAAGCACGAUAUUCAAAAUAUUCCCGGCAUUCUGUCUAUCCACGAGCUACACAUAUGGAGUUUAUGCCAAAGGAAAACAGUCGCGUCAGCCCAUAUUGUUACGACUGAGACGGACAUCAAAGCAUUCAUGAAGCAAGCCAAGCUAAUUAGGGAAUGUUUGCACGCUUACGGUAUUCAUAGUGUAACGCUACAGGCUGAAGCAUCAAGCGGAGUAAUCAUGACUGGAACUGGUGCGGACGAGAAAUGUCAGAUGGUUUGCGGAAGUCUUUGUGAGGAGUUGACCUGCUGUUCAUGA